AUGGAUUUUGUUUGUGUGAUCAAUGGUGGUCUUGUUUGUGUGAUCGAUGGUGAUGGAUUUGAGUUUGAUGACCAAGGAGAAGGGUUUCAGACUCCAGAAGCAAAUCAAUGGGGAAAAAGAAAACAAAAUCAUAAAGAUGGAGAUGAACAACCAAAAACUCUGAGGCAAAUCACUCCAAGGUCAGGUGUAUGGGUUCAUUUCACAAGGCUACCAAAUAACCGCAAUAUAUGUACCUGCCACUAUUGCAAGAGAGAAUACAAGUGUCCAUCAAAGUCAGGGACUAAAAAUUUGUGGAAUCAUCUUGAAGUCUGUAAAGAGCACAAGGCGUGGCUAGAAGGAAAAGAUCCAAAGUUGAGUCAACAGGUCAUUAAUAAGGAUGGAAAUCUGCAAAAUGCCAAAGUUCGAGAGAUUGUUUUCAGAGAAGCAUCCAAUGAGAUGCUUGUGAUAGGGGAGUUGCCAUUAUCUUUCAUUGAAUGUAUGGCUUGGAGACACUUCUGUAGCAAGAUGAAUCUAUAUAAACCACACUCCAGAAGGACUGCCACAAGGGACAUUGUUGAGAUGUUUAUUCAGAGAAAAUCGACAAUGAGAAAGUGGUUCAUUGCUAACAAACAAAGAGUCUCACUCACAAUAGAUAUAUGGGUUAGUGAUGUCACAGAUAAUGUCAAUUAUCCUUCUUUUUACUCACAAAUGGCUCGUGCAAGUUAUAUGGUCAUAACAACACAUUACAUUGAUCAGUAUUGGCGACUAAAGAAGCUUAUAAUAGGAUUCAAGUAUGUGACAGACCACAAAAGGAAGACAAUUUCAGUGGACAAUGCAACGGCAAAUACAAAUGCUUUGAGUAAGUUUGAGACUGCUUUCUCUCUCGUUUCUGAUGAGUCUUUAGUUAUGAAAGGAGAGUUUAUGCAUGUGAGAUGUGCUGGUCAUAUCAUUAAUUUGAUAGUGAGAGAUGGGUUGACUGAAGUUUCUGAGAAUAGGGCAAUUAAGUACAAGUUAGCAUUUGAUAAGAUGGAGACAGAAGACAAGCUAUACAAUGAUCAUUUCUUGGAGAUUGAUAAUGGAAAAAAGAGAGUUGGACCUCCAAGCUUCAAUGAUUGGCGUGCAGUUGAAAGUUAUGAUUCUGAGUUGAAGAUAAAGGCUGAAGAAAUGUAUAAGAAGUUUGAUAAGUACUGGGAUGAGAUUAAUAAUAUCAAUAUGAUGUUGAUAAUAGCAACAGUAUUUGAUCCUAGUAAGAAGCUAUAUUUUGCUAAGAUUUGUUUUGCCAAGUUGUAUGGUGAAGAGACUCCAACAUAUAAAGAGAUGUAUGACAAGGUUUACAAUCUUCUGGUUGAUAUGUUCAAGGAGUAUAGUGAUCGGUAUGCUAAAUCUCAGCCUUCUCAGCCGUCUCAGUCAUCUCAGUCAUCUCAGUCUCAGCCUUUUCAGUCAUCUCAGCCAGAUGUGAGUGAAGCAGAUAGUGUUCCUCGUCUUUUCACAAUUGAUAAAAGGUACAAAGCAGCUUUAAAUGAGAUUGGAGUUCAAUGGAUGAAACAAGACAUUGCAAUUGAAUCAAAAGUUCUUACCAAUGCUCAAAUUCUGGCAGAAGUAGAAUAUGAAGAUCGACUUGAAAAACAGUUCUGCAUUGAAGAUUAA